AUGAAGUUAUCUCCAUCCUCGUCUCCCCUCCUCUCCUUCUGCUACUUGCAUACCCUGACCCUCGCAGCUCUCUCCGUCGUGAGCCCGCAUCCUGCAAACGCAAUGGCAACUCUGAACUCUACCACACCGCCCCCCAACCCAGCCCGCCCGCCCCUCGACCCCACCCAACUCCGCGUCCACGGCACCACCACCUCCCUCGUCUUCGGCAAAUACACCGCCCCCGUAUCUCCCUUCGACCUCGUCGGCAUCGUCGAGAAAGCCCAGUUCGAAAUCGUGCAGUCCGUCGUCAAGGCCCGCGGCGAUGCGCCCAUUGCCCAACCGACGUUCGAAUGGCGCCACGGGAGGUUGUAUGUGCGUGUGGAACACGAGCUGGCAUUGACGUGGUUGGUGAUGGCGGAGGCGCUGCAUGGGCUGCGGGAUUUUGGGGACGAGUAUGGGUUUUGGGGGUUGAGCUUUACGGUGCUGGAUGAUACGGCGGGGAUCGUGGGGAGCGGCAGCGUUGGGGUGGGUUAUACGUGA